CUCUCCCACAUAACAUCAUCCACAGAUUCUUCCAGCCAACCCUUGUGAUCGUUAGAUCAAGCCUGACAUCUCAUCGCAUCGAUUUUUGCAUCCUAAUCGCACCACUUUCACACCCGAAAAUGCCUCCCAAGUCCGCUGACAAGAAGCCCGCCACUAAGGCUCCCGCCACUGCCUCCAAGGCACCGGAGAAGAAGGAUGCCGCAGGCAAGAAGACCGCAGCCACUGGCGACAAGAAGAAGCGCACCAAGGCCCGAAAGGAGACAUACUCUUCCUACAUCUACAAGGUCCUGAAGCAGGUCCACCCCGACACUGGUAUCUCCAACCGCGCUAUGUCUAUCCUGAACUCCUUCGUCAACGAUAUCUUCGAGCGGGUCGCCACUGAGGCAUCCAAGCUUGCCGCCUACAACAAGAAGUCCACCAUCUCUUCCCGGGAGAUUCAGACAUCUGUGCGACUUAUCCUCCCCGGUGAACUCGCCAAGCACGCCGUCUCAGAAGGCACCAAGGCGGUGACCAAGUACUCGUCGAGCACGAAAUAAGCUCACUCCUGCGUUUGUCGUUUGUUUUUAUGGGCACGGGGGUUUGCUCGUCAUUUGGGUGUCAUGACGAGACUGGCCAGGGCCCAGCAAUUCCUUGGAGUCUCUUAAUGCGUUAUGGAUGGUCUGCUUUUUUGGGGGCAAUGUCUUCACAUCACGGUCAACGGGGUUCGCGGCUGUACAAUACACCUUAAGAACAGGGUUUCGGAUGAAAUGAAAUCGCACACAUGAACAAAAACUGGCAUAUUUCGAUCGAUGUAUGGUUUGACGCGCGUGUUUGCUAGCUGGAAAACGAGGCUUGUGCAUCGUAACUUGGGUUUAUCCCCGUUGGGCGCAAAUCAUGCACGCAUGGAAUGGAAUCCCAAUCGGCAUUGAAUCGACGGCCUCAAGGGUCCUAAUUUAACCCUGACCAAGACCGGCUUUGGUCCGUUUGA